AUGGACGUCCGCCGGAGGCCCACCAAGCCUUCACCCGCCAAAACGUCCUCCGCCGUGGAUCACCACCAUUCUUUCUCCCCCAAGGCCUCCGAUGCUCUCCCCCUUCCGCUCUACCUAACCAACGGCAUUUUCUUCACUCUGUUUUUCUCUGUGGCCUACUUUCUACUCCACCGGUGGCGCGACAAGAUCCGCAACUCCACCCCGCUCCACGUGCUGACGCUCUCCGAGCUCGCCGCGAUCCUCUGCCUGAUUGCCUCCUUUAUCUACCUUCUCGGCUUCUUCGGGAUCGACUUUGUCCAGUCCUUCAUUUCCAAAUCCGAUGGCGAGGACGAGCACCAGCAGUUCAUCCUCCACGAGGAUCGCAGCAUCCACGGCACCCUCCCGCCGCCGCCGCUGCCGCUGCCGAUGGAGCUCCCGGAGGACGACGAGAGGCUCGUGGACUGCGUCGUCUCUGGAGAAAUCCCGUCCUAUUCUCUGGAAUCGAGACUGGGGGACUGCCUCAAGGCGGCCAAGAUCCGGCGGGAGGCGGUGCAGCGGCUGACUGGGAGGUCCAUGGAAGGUUUACCUCUGGAAGGGUUCGAUUACGACUCCAUUUUGGGGCAAUGCUGCGAGAUGCCUGUGGGGUACGUGCAGAUACCGGUGGGCAUAGCAGGGCCGCUGCUUCUAAACGGGCGUGAGUACUCGGUGCCGAUGGCCACGACGGAGGGGUGCCUGGUGGCGAGCACAAACAGGGGGUGCAAGGCAAUCUUUGCAUCUGGUGGGGCCACCUGCGUGUUGCUUAGAGAUGGCAUGACCAGGGCCCCAGUGGUGAGGUUCUCGUCGGCAAAGAGGGCCACGGAGUUGAAGUUCUUCUUGGAGGAUCCUCUGAAUUUCGAGAUGUUGUGCGUUGUUUUCAAUAAGUCAAGCAGAUUCGCGAGACUCCAAAGCAUUCAAUGUGCAAUUGCUGGGAAGAACCUUUACAUGAGAUUUAGGUGCAGCACAGGGGAUGCCAUGGGGAUGAACAUGGUCUCCAAAGGUGUUCAGAAUGUAUUGGACUUCCUCUUGAACGAUUUUCCGGAUAUGGACGUGAUUGGUAUUUCUGGAAAUUACUGUUCGGACAAGAAACCUGCUGCUAUCAAUUGGAUAGAAGGGCGUGGAAAAUCGGUUGUGUGUGAGGCAGUUAUCACUGGUGAUGUGGUGUCCAAAGUGUUGAAAACUAAUGUGGCUUCCCUUGUCGAGCUCAACAUGCUCAAGAAUCUUACUGGCUCGGCUGUUGCGGGUUCUCUUGGUGGCUUCAAUGCGCAUGCUGCAAAUAUUGUGUCUGCUGUGUUUAUAGCCACAGGUCAGGAUCCAGCCCAGAACAUAGAGAGUUCUCACUGUAUAACCAUGAUGGAAGCUGUUAAUGAUGGCAAGGAUCUCCAUAUCUCUGUUACUAUGCCAUCCAUCGAGGUUGGCACCGUUGGGGGUGGAACCCAAUUGGCAUCACAAUCGGCUUGCCUGAACCUGCUUGGCGUGAAAGGUGCAAGCAAAGAGUCCCCAGGCUCCAACUCCCAGCUGCUGGCCACCAUAGUUUCCGGCUCAGUGCUGGCAGGCGAGCUGUCCCUGAUGUCCGCCAUCUCAGCUGGUCAGCUCGUCAAGAGCCACAUGAAAUAUAACCGCUCAAGCAGGGACAUCACCAAAAUCACCUCCUAG